UGAAAAUAUCAAUAAAUUAUUAAUCAGUAUACUUAGUCUUCCGUAUAUAUUACUCAAAAUGGAGGAAAUUUUUGUUUUUUACAAAUCCACAAAGAAAGCAGUAACCAUUAUUUUUAUCCUAACUCUACUGCAAAACAUGGCUGGUAAAGCCUUCGGCGAUGAUAUUUGUAGUACAGAUGGAUAUUGGUGCCAUCCUAAUCCCCAGACACGCUGUUGUGAUGGACUUGUAUGCGACGAAGCUAAAAAUUUAUGUUACACUGUACCCCCUGGGGUGUCCAUCUGGUGCGCAGACGUCGGACACCAUUGUAGUCUUCUUGGUAAAUCGUGUUGUGCAGGACACGAAUGUACAGGCGUUUUUAAAGGCAUUUGUAAAUAGCCGUCAUACCUAUCACAAGUUCAUAACACACAUCUUAUGUGGCCGGAGAUUUACUUCAAUUCUUUUGAGCUUGUUUGGUUAACUACUUUAACGCAUGGUUUAUCUUAACUCGACUUCGUUUGAUUUAAUUUGUUUUGUAUUUAUUUUAUAGAUGUUGUAUAAUAUUUUAUUAAUAAUUAAUUUUGCUAUAAAAAAGAGAAAUAAUCUAUAUCUAUU